GCAGAAACUCAGGAGUACCAAGUGGACUUGUGCUACGUUCAGAACUCCUUGUCUUGCUCAUCCAGACAACUUGUCAGGACGAGCAGGACAAUGAGGCCGCAUAGGGAACCUCCAAGACCCUCGCCACCCAAAAUGCAACCAACUCGAAAGAGAGAUGAACUUUGCAGAGGUUUUACGAACAAGUGGGGGCCUGCUGUCUUGGUCACCCAGUGGACGUUUUUGUGCUGUUCCCAUAACUGCCAGGCUUGAAAUCAGGGAUUCUUCUACCCUACAAAUUUUAGUGACUUAUAACUGCAUUGAUGCAAUUCAGGUUAUUGAAUGGUCACCAGAUUCAAACUAUGUGUUAACAGCAAAUUAUAAACGUAACAUAGCAGAGGUUUGGUCCAUAGAAGAUCCUGAUUGGAGAUGCAAGGUUGAUGAGGGAUCAGCUGGCCUCAUUAGAGUUAUUUGGGCCCCUGACAGUCGGCAUAUAUUGACGACAGCAGAAUUCCAUCUUAGAAUCACAGUUUGGUCACUAGUCAGCAAGUCUGUGUCCUAUAUCAAAAACCCCAAGAAUAUACCAGGAGGACUUCAGUUUAGCCAAGACAAGGAGUACCUGGCUGUGGCUGAAAGGCGGGACUGCAAGGACUAUCUAUCUGUACUUGAAACAAAAUCAUGGCAAUUAGUAAAGCAUUUUGAAUUAGCAACAAGAGAUAUUGCAGGCCUACAAUGGGCAAAUGACAGCUCAGUGCUUGUGGUAUGGGAGUCACCUUUAGAAUACAGAGUCCUUAUCUACUCUCUAAGUGGACAGUGUCUUGCAAAUUACUCUGCUUAUCAGUGGUCACUUGGUAUUAAAAGCAUUGCAUGGUCUCCUUCUGGGCAGUUCCUUGCAAUAGGAAGUUAUGAUCAAAAGGUGAGAUUAAUGAACCACAUCACAUGGCGCAUAAUUUCUGAAUUCUGUCAUAGUUCUACCAUUGACUCAGAAAAUUGUGUCAUAUACAAGGAAGUUGAAAAACCAUUAACAGGAUAUCCAGCAACCUUAGCCUCAGUUCAAGGUCUUCCAUUAGUUCUUGAAACCACAUAUGAGGAAGAAGAAUCUAGACCAGUCAGCCUUGCAUCCAUAACAGUAGAGCCUGGGAAACAGGCAAACCCACGCAUAGGUGUCGGGACACUCCUUUUCAGUAGUGAUAAUAGAUACCUAGCAACACGGAAUGAUAAUAUGCCGGCUACCGUAUGGAUUUGGAGCAUACCCAAGUUAGCAUUAAAGGCUAUACUUGUACAUGCAAAUCCAAUAAAGGACAUGGCUUGGGACUCACAGCAUCCUCGUCUGGCACUUUGCACUGGGAACAGCCAUGUAUACUUUUGGUCUCCAUUUGGCUGUUUAACUGUUGCUGUUCCUGGAGCUCCAACAUUACAAAUUAAUUCACUGAGGUGGCAUCCUUCAGGUUCACGAGUUGCUCUAAUAGGACGUGACCAGUUCUCUGUCUGUUUUUUUGAUAAACAACUUCAAUUAUGUGAAUCUAUAUCUUCACCUCAAUGAUGUAGGUGUUAAUAGUCAACUUCAAGGAUAUGCAUACCUUUACCUGACCUUUGAAUGAGAAAGCAAGAUGAUACAAGGAUGUUUAAAAGAAACAAACUUCUUUUGGCAUAUAUUAUCAUUAUACCCAAAAAGUUUGUGUUUUUAAUUAGAUCUUUCAGAUACAGUUCUAAGUUGGAAAAUGAUAUUGGUAUUCUGUAUAAUUUAGUUACAGCAGUUCAUUAUUCAUUAAGAAAAUUAAUCAAAUACAAUUGUACAUUGAUGUUCAAGCUUUAUUUUUAAAAGAAUUUAUGAUAUUUUCAUAUUUUCAUUUUCAUUUUCAAAAGAAGUAUUUUCAUCUAAUAGAAUCAUAUUCCAAAGAACUCGCAUUCAUCUUAUAUAUUGUAAUUCAUACAAAAUUAAUAGUUAAGCAACAUUAAGGGAGGAUCUUAGAUUUAUAUGGUUUGUGAUAAGCUUUAAUACACAUUUUGCAAUAAAUAAAGGAGUUAUGAAUUUUGUAUGUAUGCAGAUACUUGUUAACACAAAUUUCGUUAUAAAUAUGUCGACUCAAGAAUCACCCUAGAAAUAUCAACAUUGUAACAAUACUAAAGAUCUGAAGUCCUAAGAGCAUGUAUAUAAUCAUCAAUGGAAAAAAUGUAUUUUAUAUUUUCUUAAUAAAGUUAUUUUAGAAUUGA